CCGGGAACGGUUCGUGAGGUUUUUGACACCCUUACGGCAUUUGCCGUCUCUACUCUCGAUUGCUCCAAUAAACGGAGUUCGAGGUUUGAGCUUUGAAGCAGAUGAAAGCAAGCUGACAAUGGUUCAGGAAGAUAGCAGUGGUGAUGCUGAAGCCAUCCUUCCUCCAUGGCUCUACCUACUUUCUGCAUUUCUCUCCAUGGAACCAUCGGAUUCCAUAAUAUCCAUUUCCAGGGACUGUGGUGGUGGUGCAAUUACGGAGAGCGUUCAGAACUUCGUUUGGGAACAUUGUAUUAGCAGAGUAGACAGAAAAGCUCAUGCACCUUACAUAAGAUCUUUCCUUAAAAAAUUUAUUCUUGAAAUCGAGUCUGAAGGUGCUGUUGUUGUUGAUGAACUUUAUGAAGAAUUAGCAUUUUACAUGGCUUCAUUAAAGGGUGAUAAUUUCAAGGGAGACUCAAGGAUUGUUAGGAAAAUCUCAUUUCUUUAUCCUCCUGAUCACAUUGAAGCUCAGAUUUGCCAAAAUCCAAAGAAAGUAAUAGUACCACUUAAUUGUUCACUUAACAUGCUUGAAGGAGAUACUGGGUGUUCCUUAUGGCCCUCGAGCCUGUUCUUAUCAGAGUUUAUUCUUUCUUGUCCAGAAUUAUUCUCAAUGAAGUCAUGUUUUGAGCUUGGAUCAGGUGUUGGUUUGGUUGGCAUAUGUCUGGCACAGGUGAAGCCCUCCAAGGUGGUUCUAAGUGAUGGUGACCUGUCAACUUUAGCCAAUUUGAAAGUCAACUUAGAGCUAAAUCAGAUGAAUGCUCAUGUCAAAUGCUUACAUCUACCAUGGGAAUCUGCACUCGAGAAUGACCUUCAAAAUCUUAAUCCAGAUAUAGUGUUGGGGGCAGAUGUGAUAUAUGAUCCGCAAUGCAUUCCGCAUUUAAUUCGUGUGAUUUUUGCUCUGUUGACCUCAAAAAAGUCAAACUCCACUAAUGGAGAUAAAGACAAUGAGUUUUUUGUUGCAUCAAGAGGACAACCUGUUGCUUAUAUUGCAUCUGUGGUGCGGAAUGUUGACACUUUUAAUUAUUUUCUUAAGGUGGCAAAAGAGGCAAAUCUUAGAGUUGUGGAUAUUACUGAAAAUGUGAAGAUGUAUGAUUUUCUUCCUUACAUGCGAUCUUACCAAAGAUCAUUAAGCAUCCGCCACUACCCUAUCCUCUUGCUUCUCCGAUCAACCAAGGCCACCGACGAACCAUUGCUACCGACGAAAUCAUUCAUUGCUGCUGUUUCCGUUGCUGCUGACGACGACGAACCGUGGCUGUCGCUGCUGCCGUUCAUGGUUAAAGAUGUACGAACAUCUCCCAUCUCCUUCUCCGUUUCUGUUUUGGUGCUACAUCGCCCUUGCCGUUCCGAUGACUGUUACGUUGUCGCCCUUCCGUUCGAAUGCCACACGCCACCACAGGGGUGGCCGAUAUUGGGAGCGAUUCUAGGCCCCCACUACCACCACCAUGAGGUGGUGGCUGCCACCUCAUGCCAUCGUUCUACUGCCACCAGCCGCCACCUUGGGUGGCCGUGUGCUUGUGUGUGUGUGUUUUUGGACCUAAAACCUAUAACUCUCACCAUAAGAAUGGUGGUUGCCACCUCCUGCCCACCUUCGACCACUGCCUGA